AUGUCCCAACGAAUUGAGUCCGAGCACAAUUACAUAAAUAUUUUCAGUAACCGUGAAAAUUUUCAAUUAAUUGUAAUUAUUACUAUAACACAAGCUUUACCACAAGGUGGUCAAAAUGAAAAAACUGAACAGUCUUCACUUAGUUCACGACAAAAUAUGAUGACACCACAGCAAGAUAUGAUGACACCACAGCAAGAUAUGAUGACACCACAGCAAGAUACGAUGACGCCACAGCAAGAUACGAUGACGCCACAGCAAUAUACGAUGACGCCACAGCAAGAUAUGAUGACGCCACAGCAAGAUAUGAUGCCACAGCAAGAUAUGAUGAUGUCACAGACUAUGAUGCAGCCGUUUGAUUCAAUGCCUUGUGGAGAGUCUUUUUUUUACCACGGCGGAUGUAAUAG